AUGGGAUCUCCAACAAAAAAGGCCACACCACAAAGGUAAGAGCUUAUCUACAGUAUAUGCACAGAAAAAGUAAUGUCUGGCUACUGUCCCACUGCAAGUUAAGUGUUGAGUCAGGUACUCACACAUAUUCGAAAGCAGAUUAGACUUAUUCUUUCAGAUAGCUCAAUUUCCUUUACAACCAUUAAUUUCCACUAAGUACUGCAGACUUGAAUUAUCAAGUUCAUACUGCAGGCUUUAAGCUAGAAAAAAUACUGACAGUACAUGAGCCAAAUCUCAAAUGUGUGUGUAUGAGAAAGCGGAUAUGUACUGAGAAGUACCCUUUCUUAUGUUUACCAUUAAAGUCUUUUUUCCUUUUCAGAGCCAAAAUUCAGACUCCUGGUAGAGAACCGGACUCCCCACUCCCUCCAAUCCAUGAACGGCUGGCAUACUUGCGGCCCUCAAGAGAGCUACUUGAGUUCUACAGAGAGAAGAUCGCUCAGUAUGAUGCAGAACAUGAGGAGCUACUCAAGAUGUUGGAGAAGCACAGAAACAUCACAGAGGACCAGGUAAGGCACAGUAUGGAUUCACUAGUGAAAUUGUACUUGAAGGGUGUAUCUGCUGUAACAUAACUUCCACCUGUCUUGGACAUCUCCCAGCACAAGCUACAGUGGGAGGUACGGCAACGUGAGGGGGAAAUUGCGGAGCUGCAAAAUGCCCUGAGUGACAUGCAGGUCUUCCUUUUCCAAGAGAGAGAACAGUCUCUGCGACUCUACGCAGAAAACGAUAGACUUAAGAUAAGGUGGGUAAGAGUUAAAUGAUGAUACCAACAAACAAGAAAGAUACCUCUUUCACAGCAGAUAAUAUUUGAAACUACAGCAUAAAGCACAAAGCUGUGGACAAUGACAAAUGACAUUUCAUCAUUUGUUCUUUCACUGGUAUACCUAAAUGAAAUGGGACUAUCGUUAAUGUUUCUGUUGGAUGUAAGGAUGUAAAAAAUGUGAUAGGUUACUGAGCUAUCAGGCGCCAGUGGUUGUACAUUCUACAUAUUAUCUUUGGUACUUUUGUUGUUUACCAUCACUUGCAUACAUAAAGUUAUCUGAUCAUUUGCUCAUUGUUGUUCAGAGAGUUAGAGGACAGGAAGAAAAUCCAGCACCUUCUUGCCCUGGUGGGUCCUGAUGCAGGAGAAAUCACAUAUUUCCACCGGGAGCCUCCUCAUAAGGUACACAUGUUCACGUCACUUCAUUGCUGCAACGUUUCCAACACAUCUGACACUUAAGUUAGGCUUUAAGUGAUGUUGAGUAUUUUAAAAAUGUGAGAAGUUUGCAAUUAAAAUACAUUUUAUUUUGUGCCUUUAUGAAUUUAGUCUGAUAAAUUUAUUCCAGGUCACUGUCGCUCAAAGGAAUGCAGAGUCAGGAUCAGAGGAAAAUCUAAAUCUCAGGCCGACAAAGUUCAGACCUGCAGCUGCCAGGAAAGGUUUGAAACCUACUUUUGCAAAUGACUUUUCAUCUUUAGAUCUACUACAUAUUUUUCAAUCAGACCAACAUUGCUGAGAUGGACAAAUCUGUUAAAUUGACUUGAACAGAAUAAGAUCAUGGUUAAGAAAAAUUACAGAAUAAUUAUGAAUUGGAGUUUCUUUGGGGGUUUGGAGGUGAGCUUUUUGUUGGUAAUCCAAAGAAUAAUAGGCAUGUAUCCAUUGUUUAAUUCUCAUCUUACUUGCAGAGGGCAGCAGGAGAACAAAAUCAGCAGCUGGGGCAAAUGACGAGAACCUUGAACAGUACAGGAGUGAUAACCAGACAUUGUUACUACAGGUACGUAAAGAUCUUACCUCUUCUCCUUUUACACGUAGACAAUAAUAGUCCCCAAGAAAUACAUCGACACAACACCUCUCGAUACUAAUAUUAAUAUUAAUCGUGUUUACAGUGAGGGAACGCAAUUUUAAUCUGUUUUGGUGAUGAGUGCACCAGUCUCUAUAAUUUGUGGCUAAUGUUUCUAGGUGGAGGCUCUGCAGGCUCAGAUGGAAGAGCAAACUCGCCUUGCUAAAGAGCAGGUGGAGUCUCUACAGGAGGAUCGGCGGAUUAAAACAGAGGAGGCUCAGGCACAACAGCAGAGAGAUAAAGAGAGAAUAGCGGCUCUGAAUGACAAGUGGGUCUGCUUUAGAAGUUGUUUUCUGACACUUUGGAAAAAUGUAACACUUUUGAUGUCAAGCUCUCCCUUCCUCAAACAUUUGUCACCACAGGCUACAGCAAACCCAGAACCUGUUGCAUGAAAGCACCAAAGAUUAUUUACAGCUAAAAUUUGAAACAAGAGCUCACGAGAAGAGCUGGAUGGUGGAGAAAGACCGGCUGCUGAGGGAGCUCGACUCAUGCCAUAACCGUCUGAGGAAGGGGGGGUCUGCUGUUGGUGCAGAAGUGGGGCGUGCACCACACCCCAGCAGUAGUGCGACCCUUUUACUCUCCAGACCUCAGCCAGAGUUACAGCAGAUUCAAAAAGAGCAGACAAAGGUAAUGUGUAAAAAUAGUAGUAGUAUAAUAGAAGUUGUAGAAGAGAAUAACAGUUAAGUGUAUAUCAACAUCCAAACAAUUUUUUUUUCCUGCUACAAGUUUUUCACAAACAUCUUUUACAAUCAUAUGUUCAAUAAGGCGCUGCAGGAGGACCUGAAGCAAGCCCACCGUCUUGCUGAGAUGUACAGAGAGCAGUGUAUUACACUGGAGACAGAACUGGCCCAAAUCAGAGAAGAAGGGGAUGUUGGCAGAGAAAUAUUUAAGGUACCAUAGAAGGUCCUCUUAUGCAAGGGUUCUAUUUCACUGUGGCCCCAAAUUUGUAGUGUCUAUGAUUUUCUGACUAACUCUGUUUUUCAAUGCAGGAUCGUUCAGACAAAAUGGCCAAGCGUUUGCAGCUGAUGACUCAGCGGUAUGAAGCCCUGGAAAAGAGAAGGGUCAUGGAGGUGGAGGGCUUCAAAACAGACCUGAAGCACCUGAGACAGAAAUUCAAAGAUGUUGAAAAACAACUCCUCAAGGUAGGGAGAUUUCUGAAAACCAUCUGGAAUCCUUUUUUUUCCAUAUGUCAAUCUUUAGAAAGCAUUCUCUAUUUCAACACAACAAGCCUGUUUUAAUACAGUGUGUAUUACCAUAAAUAUUUUAAGCCUUGGUGUUUUGGAUAUCCUCUGCUGUAGGUUACUCUGAAUGUUGGGCCCAACCAGGAUUUAGCUAUCCUGCAUGAGGUCCGUCAAACCAACACCAGGACAAAGAAGGUCCAGAAUGAGCUGAUGACACUGAAAGCAAAGAUCUAUGGACUGGAAAAUGAGCUGAGAUUUAGCUGA